UGUCUGGAAACUAAUAGAAGAAUCCUCUUCCCCACACUCAGCUAGGGUUUUCUCUACAGCAGAGCACGGACCGGAAGAGCAGAGACCAGCCGGCGGUGACGCGCCCCUCCGCCCGUCGGAAAAUCCCCAAACCGAAGCUGCAUUAGCCCUAGCCGAGCUUCUAAGAAGGAGGCGUUUCACCGAUUCAAUCGUCAACCAUGAGGCCGAUUCUGAUGAAAGGCCACGAGAGGCCACUGACGUUCCUCAAGUACAACCGGGAGGGCGAUCUCCUCUUCUCCUGCGCCAAGGACCACACCCCCACCGUCUGGUUCGCGGACAACGGCGAGCGCCUCGGCACCUACCGCGGCCACAACGGCGCCGUCUGGUGCUGCGACGUCUCCCGGGAUUCUAAGACGCUGAUUACUGGAAGCGCGGACACGACGGCGAAGCUGUGGAGCGUGCAGAACGGGACGCAGCUGUUCACGUUCAAUUUCGAUUCGCCCGCGAGGUCGGUGGAUUUCUCCAUCGGCGAUAAGCUCGCGGUGAUCACCACCGAUCCUUUCAUGGAGCUGCCUUCGGCUAUUCAUGUCAAGCGCAUUGCCAGAGACCCUGCUGACCAGACUGGUGAGUCUGUCCACAUCCUUCGGGGUCAUCAAGGAAGAAUAGCUCGAGCUGUCUGGGGGCCUCUGAACACGACUGUUAUAAGUGCUGGAGAAGAUGCUAUAAUUCGUGUUUGGGACUCUGAGACUGGGAAGCUUCUCAGAGAGUCAGACAAGGAAACCGGCCAUAAAAAGGCGAUAACUUCACUUGCAAAGUCCGCUGAUGGUUCGCAUUUUGUCACUGGUUCACAAGAUAAAUCUGCCAAGCUAUGGGACAUCAGGACAUUGACUCUUAUUAAAACAUAUGCGACAGAGCGCCCGGUCAAUGCAGUUACAAUGUCUCCACUUCUUGAUCAUGUGGUCCUUGGAGGUGGCCAAGAUGCGUCAGCUGUAACCAUGACUGAUCAUCGUGCUGGAAAGUUUGAAGCCAAGUUUUUUGACAAGAUUCUUCAAGAAGAAAUUGGAGGUGUGAAGGGACACUUUGGGCCUAUUAAUGCUUUGGCUUUCAAUCCUGAUGGGAAAAGUUUCUCAAGCGGAGGUGAAGAUGGUUAUGUUAGAUUGCAUCACUUUGACCCGGAUUACUUCAACAUCAAGAUUUAGCUUUUGAGAAAAUAGUUUUGCAGUUUCGAAAAGUUGCCUCUGCCUUCAGAGUGGCGGAAUUUUUCCAGAAUGUUUAUUACCGUGUUAGUUAUCUAUCUUAGAUUGGAAAUUUUGUUUUCAAGAUCAGGUUGUCAAAAUUAUGAGGAACUUAAUGAAAUGAUUUUAUUUCCUAGCA